AUGACAGAGCCAUCCGAGAACUUAAAGGAUUCAAUGCCCACAGAGAGGAAGUCCAUGUGGAGGACCUCGGAGGAGAGGCGGAUGUCCGACCUCACGCGGGUGCUGGAGUGGCUGCAACGCAGGCAGGGGAAGAAAAAGCAAACUUUCCAGAAACCCAACUGGGCGGUACCCCCUAAAACAACUGGGAAGGAAGAAAAGAAAGGCCGAAGCAUCCCCAAAAAGCAGAAAGGGAACCACCAGGCAGCCUUCUCUGAGAAGACCCCCGAGCAAGGCACCAAGAAGGACAAGGACCAUGUCAUGUACCAAAAGCUAAAGGGAAAACGCCUCAGCCUGGUUCCUGGCAGCUACUCCAGGGACAACCCCAAGAAAUCUGAACUAGACAUCAAGGAUGCCAUCGUCCUGGAGUCCACUCAACGGUCCGUGCCAUACCAUCGACAAAGCAUCAUUGACCCCAUGCUCCAGGACCCUCUCUUUAGCACUCGGAGGUCGACGCUCUUGAGAGACUGGGUGGUAGGCAGGAUGCCCGAGGUCUCCUACGAGCGCAAGCUGAAGAGCCUCAUGGAGAAGGGCGCCGAGCCCAAGGUGGAGACCGUGAGAAUGCUGAAGCCGGAGGAGGUGCUGAGCUGCCGAUACCUGAGGUUGUCCAAGAACAACAUUCGAACCUUGCUUAAGCUGUGCAAGGAUGCGGGCAUGAACGUGGACAUCCACCCCCACAUGGUCGAAGGGGAGAUAGACGCUAAAAAGUUUUCAGAAAUGCAAAUGAAAAAUACAAGGCAAUACCACUAACACCACCAGAAUGGAUGAUCCCAAUUAUAGUGGAAAGUGUAGAGCAAAGAGAACGCCAUUGGGAUGGGUACAAUCGCUUUGGAAAACUGGCAACAUCUACAAAAUUUGUUUACACACUGAUGCUGUGGUCCAGUAUUCAUUCCUAGAUACGCACUUCACAGGAUUGUACAGCUAUGCGCACCAAAAGACUGUCCUAGAACGUUCACAGUGGCUUUAUUCAAUGCAGACAAAUACUGGAUUCAACCCAAACGUCCAUCAGCAGAAAGAUUAACUAGCAGUGUAUUCAUACAAUGGAAUACUGCAUAGAAACGAGAAUGAGCAAAUACGGAUGAACGAAGCACGCAAUAUCACGCAAAAGUAGCAAGACACAGAAAGGAGGACAGCUGUGUGAUUCCCCUAUACAACAGCACCCCCCACCCUCACCCCACGCCAGGCAAGACGAAUCUACCGUGGUAGAAGCCAGGAUAGCGGCGGCCCCUGGAGGAGGGUGGGUAGUGCCUGGAGCGGCAUCUGCCGUGCUGGUCACACAGGGGUUCACAUGUGGCAUUCUUUCACUGUACA